AUCUGCGAUCACGUUCGCUUCAGUCCGGUGCCGGUUCGGAAAGUCGGGAUAAUAUUUAUGUUUUGAGCGAUUACGACAACUGAACCCGAGAGGGAGGGAACGACGGAACUCAAGCGAAUCGCGAAAAAUAUCAAAUUACCAAAACAGAAAACAAAAAAGUCAAUUGAGUGCGGUGCGCAUUGUGUGGUGAUAGUGAAAGUGAAUUUAGGCAAUGAUCAGCGGCAAGGAUAAAGCCUGAAGGAAUAAAUUUUGAAUAUUUUUUCUUGGCCUUGGUGUUUAAUUCGGUGAGAGGUUCGCUCUGGUGUAUGAUUAAACUGUUACGGAUGGUGUGUAUGUGUGUCUGUAUGUGAUAAAGUGUUUCGGAAAUUUAUCGAGCGGUGAAGCUUUCAACGAAGGAAUUUUCGAUUAUGAUCGCUGGGUGGUCUUCAGCUGAGAGCCGUGGCUGAAAUUACAGGACCUCUGCUGGUAUAGUGGGUGGCCACUAGCCGUCGGCGGAGCCUUGGUGCUCCAUCUCGGUGCACUUGAUGAGUCGCUGGUACGCGUCCAGGAUCUCUACCUUUGCAUUCGUCCGGAGCCGGAAACGAGCAAACCCCGUCUCUAUGCGGUUUGGCGUGCCGGAGGAACUCCCUCGAGUGAUCAACACCAGUCAAUCACCCAAGCACCACUCCAAUCCACCCCCGUCGUAUACCGUCAAUUGGAUCCGGCCAAAGAUCCAAUUACGCCCCUAGCUGUGGAAAUGCUAGCUGAAGACUUGCCCGCACUGCUGCAGAAUCUACUGGUGGGCAUCGAACGAGCCAUCUGUCGAGUGCCGCUAGAAGAACUAUCCUUCCCCACGGGAGAAUUCACCGGUACUGCAACCUCCACCAUCAGUGACGAAGUCGAUGACCGACAGAAUAAUAACGGCAUUCUUCCCCCGGAGCCAACGGACCGUCAGGACAAAUACAUCCUAACUCCUGGCACCCCAAAGAUCGGACUCAAGCGCCGUGAACUCAUUACCAAGAAUAAGUUGAUCAACAACAAGUACGCCCUCAAAAGGAUAUCGUCAACUACAACACCAACGACCACAGCGGUCAGCAACAGCAACAACACCAACAACAAUAAUGGCUGCAAUCAUAAUAACACCAACGGCAAUAGCUUUAUAAGUCGCAAUGAGUCGGUCGGAAAAAGUGAAAAUACUCCACGGAUCAACGGUAAUCAGUGUAAUGACGACCUAGUGACGGCAAUCGACGGCGAUCAUCGAAGAACCGAAAAGGAAGACGGCGGCAGUAUAAAGCUCUGCGACACGGGUGGCACAGCUGUUGGAAUCGUGGGCGGUGGAGGAAGCGAUAAUCACCAAUCAACCACCACCACCAGCAGCAGUACCGCUAGUACGGCGGACAUCAACUCGAUGCCAUUAUUCUGCCUCGGCGGAUCGUUUCCCCAUAUCGAUAGCGAUGAGGAGAGCGGAGACGAUAUGAAGCGAUACGAGACAGUGCCAGCCCAUCCCCAUGACAUAGUGGCCCCGAGGUCGAUCCAUGAUCUACCGGAGAAACACUUAACGUCAGGAAUUUCGAUACCAGGAACUUACGACCGCUCGGGGUCCCCGCUGAUCUACAUCGAAGCCGAGAAGGUGCUUGCGUCGGGACUCAACUGUUACGAAAUUGCAACCGUUCUGUUGUAUUACAACACGCUACCUAUCCAAAGCCCAUCUCAGUACUGCAUCCACCUGCUGCUGACCGAAAGCUCCCAGCUGACAUUCCUCGAAACGCUGGACAGUGCACUGCAACUUCUAAGCGGCCAUCUAAAGUUCGGAUCGAUCUACGUGUCCGGAUCGUACGACCCAGCGGACAACAAGCACCCACCGAAGGAGCUGAUCCGCAACUUGAACGUGCACAUCAAAUACCUUAACAACGAGACCAUCAAGAACUUCAUCGGUACGGACAAUCUGCCGAUCCGGUGCGCUGGGUUCUACGUGCACGAUCAACGCGAGUGGAUCGACUUCUUCCGAACCCUUGAACCCAUGCAAAUCCAGUGUGUCGAAACAGGUCGCCGAUUGGUUACCGUGCUGAACGACAUUCGGAACCUGGAGGUCCAGGGAACGGCACCGACCCGCCGACAGCUCCAUUCGCAGCAUCGUGCCCUGAGCCGCGCACUGAUGGACUCGGAACUGCAAGCCCUCCGCCGCAAAGGACCAAAUACCAUACAACGACUUCAGGACAAACUAACCGUUAUCAACAACAAACAAACGCUUAAACAAACCAAAAAUUUAGUUAGGAAUUGUAGUCUAGAUAGUAGUAAUCGCCUCGUGGGCAGUAGUCUUAACGGAAACUUCACCCUUCACCACAACUACCAGCAGCAGAAUGCCGUCAACGGUGGCGGCGCGGACAAGGACCUGAUCAAUGCUCGCCUCAGCGAGGUGAUUACCAUCUUCCAGGAGGUCGACCGAGCCGCACGGAAGCUCGAACAACUUACCGAACAGAGGAGAGAAAGACUUAGGGAGAUGACCCGGCAGCGUGCCCUGGACGACGAGAUCAAUGAGGUUAUACUAUGGAUUCGGAACGAUGGCAGCAAGACCCUGCAGAGCUUCAACGAAUCGUCCAACCUGGAAAAUGCCGAUCGCACCAAGGUAGUAAGUCAGGAAUUCGACAAGUUCUACUUCAUCUCCAUGAAGCACAUCAGUAAAGCUCAGGAUCUGUACGAUGCAUCGGCAGAGUUGGAAAUUCUGAAGGAUACGCUGAAGAUGCUGAAGGACUGCAUUGAUCAGCAUAAGGAACGGCUGGAGAAGACGAGGGAGCGUAUUGAAGGGACCGUUCGCCUGCACGGUCUGCUGGAAUCGCAACGCCUGAAGCCUCACGACGAUGCCAUGCAGACCGAGCUGCUUAAGCUCGCCGAGAAGGUCGAGGUUUCUGCUUUGAUUGAACAAUGCAAGAAUCUACUACAACCACCACCAUCACCACCACCACCACCAGCCAGUAACAAUAACAACAAAGAUACCAACACCACCAGUACCAGUGAUAACAUCAGUUUAGAUAUAAGUUUAUCCGACGAUACGAUCACGGCGACCAGCACGCCGGAGAAGGGCAAGUUCGGUCAACCACUACCACCACCGACACUGAUCGAGCCCAAUGAGAACCGUUGUAUCCACAACAACCACGGCCGACAUCACCACGACGAGGACGAGGAGGAGCAAUCGAAAAUGGCCGACUCUGGCCUGGGCGGUUGCGAUCGUUGUGAGGGCAAUGAGAAGCUCGAACGGACCUGCUCGUGCCAGAGUCUCAACGAUCCGAAGAAUGGAUGCAACAAUGGUGAUGACCUAGAUGAGGACUGCUUUGAAGGGAUUUCAAAGCCUUCCCUGGAUCUACAGAUACCGCUGCAGGCAAACGCCCAUCUCUACUGUCACGCGUCGAACUUGCAGCUAGAUUACGAGGAGAAUAUCAUAUUUGACCAGAAGACGCAGAAAACGCUUCUAUUGAUCAUGCGUGAGAUGAUUGGAACAGAACGCGACUACGUGCGAUCGCUGCAGUACGUAAUCGAAAACUACACGCAAGAACUGCUUCGCGAAGACAUACCGCAAGCCCUGCGCGGCCAACGGAACGUCAUCUUCGGUAACAUCGAACGGAUAUGCGAGUUCCACCAGCAGCACUUCCUCAGCGAGUUGGAAAGUUGCGAAUACCACCCGAUCAAGGUCGGUAGCGCAUUCCUACGGCACGAGUCCAAGUUUUACCUGUAUGCGUUGUACAACAAGAACAAACCAAAGAGUGAUUCUCUGAUGAGCGAGAAUGGUACUCAAUUUUUCAAAGCCAAGCAGGUGGAGCUGAAUGACAAAAUGGAUCUAGCCUCGUAUCUGCUGAAACCGGUCCAGCGGAUGGGAAAGUACGCCCUGCUGCUGCAGCAGCUAAUGAAGGCCUGUGCCGCAGCUCAGGAAACCACCGACCAGGAGAUCCUGGAUGACAUGGAGCAGCUGCAGAAAGCCGAAGAGAUGGUUCGUUUCCAGUUGCGGCAUGGUAACGAUCUGCUGGCGAUGGACUCCCUUCGGGAUUGUGAUGUCAACGUGAAGGAACAGGGCCGGUUGCUGCGACAGAACGAGUUCCUCGUUUGGGAGGGCAAAGCAGGCAAAAAAUCUCUGCGACAAGUGUUCCUGUUCGAAGAACUAGUGCUGUUCAGCAAAGCUAGGCGAUUUCCGGAUCGGAAGAACCUAGACAUCUACAUCUACAAGAAUAGCAUCAAGACGGCGGAUAUCGGUUUGACGGCUCACGUUGGUGAUUCACCGUACAAAUUUGAGAUAUGGUUCCGCAAGCGUAAACCAGGCGAUACCUGGACGCUGCAGACGAUGAGCGAGGAUAUCAAGAAUGUCUGGACCGACGAAGUCUCCAAACUACUCUGGAAACAAGCCAAACGGAAUCGAGAGAUUCGUCUUGCCGAGAUGUCCUCCAUGGGAAUCGGUAGUAAGCCAUGCUUGGACAUUCGUCCCAGUCAGGAUCAGAUUAACGAUCGAUCAAUCAGUAUUUCAAUGUUUGGUAAAACUCCAAAACUUCGCAACUCCUUCAUUGGAACUCUACCGGAGUCCAAGAGUUCAAAGCGACCUCAAUCGAUCAUUUCGGUUAGCAGUUCAUCGUCCGGAAGUUCGGUAGUCAGUACCGGAACCGGUUCAACGGCCAGCGGCUGCGAAACGAAUCCGAUCAAUAGCUCCGGAAGUGCCGUCGGAAGUAGUUCGGCCGUUUCGUCCGGUUGCAGUGCCAGUAGCACCAGCAGCAGUAGCACCACCGCAAGCAUUACAACCUGUAAACGCCUCACACUUAGCAUAACCGAUCCAAAUGCUCCAGCGCCUCUGAAGACCAACUUCAAGAAACAUCAAAGGUCGACCACGCUGGUGAGCCAAUGUUCAAUGGAAAGUGGCAUCAUAGCCGACAUUUCUUUAAGCCCGGACGAGGCACUGGAGAAUCCCCUUUGGCCCCAGCAGAAGAAUCACACCCUGUUGAAGAAAUCCCACAGCGUUGCAUCCACCAGCCAGGAGCACAACAAAACACCCGAAGAUAAACCAAAAUCAGUAGAACUACCCUGCGGUAAUAGCAGCAGUGCUUCAUCUAACAAUACCAACUCCACAAACAACCACAUCAGUUCCAGCACCUCAGACACCAUAACCGUCCAUCUUUGAAAGUAAUGGAUGCUGUUGACCUGUUACACCGUUUGUGGUCUUUUUUUGUACAAAACAAAUCAUCUAACCUUACUAUUCGUAAGCUUCUUCCUCCUGGAGAAACAUGUUUUAACCUCUAAUCGCUAGUAAGAAUAAUUAUGCUUUUAUGCACAUGGUAUUUUAUCAAUUAAUCUGAUACGAUUGUGUGUAUUGAGUGUACCUUUUGAAGUCUUGGAAAAAAAAAUCAGAGUAUCCAUAGGAAAAGUGCUCCCGUUAGAACUAAUCAAACCCCACAAAGUAAAUCAAUAGAAAAUUGGAUAAUCAGUUAUUUGAUUAGAGAAAACAAACAAGCAAAUCCGCAUAAAGAGUCACCAAUGGAACAAUUUCUAAUUUAUGAGAAACAAAACUGACACUGUUUAAAUUAUCAGCUACCGCUUCGGCUAAGACGACAGAUAUGGAACAGAAAGGCAAGCUACCUACCUAUAAAAGUAAUCGUUGAAACUAUUAAACUAGAACAAUAUGUGCAGAUGUGUUGAAAUAUUGAAAUAAAUUAAACAAGCAAAUUAAAAAACAAACAUGUCUAGGAAUACUAAAGCAAAUAUACAUGAUGCAUUAUGUCUCUAUACGUUAGUCCUGCGAGAAGCCAUUAUUUCGUACCAAUUUAUUCCUUAUAAACCUAUAACGGAUAAGAUUCUAAGACCUUAGGCAUCAGUUUUAAAGCGCAGCUAAAUAUUCUCGAACUUAAAGCUUUUCAUUAAGAAAUACAAUUCAUAAUUCAGUGCAGGUGUUCAUUUUUUUUUUCGAAAACAACUGCGCGAGAGUAUUCCUGGGAAACAGUAUAAUUAUUUACAUUAAAUCAUUCGAGCGUUUCUUUUUUUUUUAUUUUGUCUUAUUUAAGCGAUAAUUUAUGAAACAGUCUAUUAAAUAUUAGUGGUAGGGUUUUCGAACUGCGUGCGAAUCUCUGAUUUGAAAUUACCGAAUUGAUGCUUCUUUUUUCUUACUUUGAAGAUUUUUUUUUAUUCUGCUACCCCGUUAGUCACGUUUCGUAUUUUGUAUAUUAUUGCUUCCGGAAGAUUAUAUUGUAUGUAUAUUUAAAUUUAAACCGUAGAUUUAUCCACAUAAAAAGCUAUUAAAACAUUUUAUUUACUACUAA